CAUGGUACUACACUUCCCAAAAUGCACGUAGCACGGAAACGCCGACAGCCGCUCCAGCGCUCACUGAACAAAGUGAAUCACAACCGCGAGCUCCUCCAGCGCUGCGUGAGGAGAGAGCACAUCUCUGCAUUCUCGGGCGGAAAAGAUGGAAAAAUAAGGUAUAACAUGCCUGAUCAACACAGUCCCCAUUCCUUCCAGCCUGCCUCUCAGGAAGGAGUAUUUACCACAGACAUGCUGCAUUACCCACAGUGAUCUGUGUCACUAUGGAGAUCACCACAGGAACUGAGGUUGUUGGUGCAAUAGGAGGUCCACAAUCAGACUCCAUUUCCCAUGACACCCCUCAACCUCAGUCACCCCCUUCUGUGAAAAUUCGGAAGUCGACCUUCAAGUUUUUUGGAGGCCGAAAGAGCAUCUGUGUUCUGCCUAACUUUUUCAGUGGCCGUAGCAGAAGUCAAAGAAAGGGGUCAUCAAAAACAGGUGUAACAAAGAGCCAAACAUAUGAUGGGGCAAGUAGAGCAUGCUGGGAAGAUUUGGGCAAAAGUAGCGGUGAAGUGGCCUCAGGGGACUUCGAGUUCUGCACCUCCAGUGACCCUCAGAAAUCACAGGAGGACCAUGGGAAAUCUCAGUCUCUACCACGACAACGCAGAGGUCUUCGGAGUCUUUUCAGCAGCAUUCGGAGACACAGGAAAAACAAAAAUGUCGAACUAGAAAAACGUGAGGCACUUGAAAUGUCUUCAAGCUUCCACGCCGAAACAGUGCCUGGUGCCCUGUCAAGCGUCAGUGACCGUAGCGAUACCCAUGGCGACAGUCAGGGCGAAGAGUUGGUGCCAGAUGUGCCUAAUCAAAUCGCAGGCAGUAAGUGUGAACUGCCAUUGGCUACCACUGAAUGUACGAAAAAUGUAACGCUAGUGCCUGAGAAACAGAAGAGCAGAGUAGAGCUAGAUAAGAGGAAGAAAGCAGAAGAGGAGAAGGGGGAGGAGAAGCAAAAUGGGAGACAGGAAGUACUGACGACAUACCAACAACCCUUGUGUGCUGAGUCAGAAUUGGAUCGAUUGGCAGAGCAGAAUGUAGACGUUCCCAUUGGGGAGCAUCCUGCUGCAUCCUGCUCUUCUGAAAACUUAAUCUUUGGUGAUGUUUCAUCAUUGAAGAGCUUUGAUUCAUUGACAGGAUGUGGAGACAUCAUUGCAGACCAGGAUGACGUCAGCGUCGCUGAGAGCUCAGUGUCUGCCGAGAGAGGCAGCCGAAACGCAGGAAAACGGAGCUCGUGUUUUGUCACAUAUCAAGGUGGAGGGGAAGAGAUGGCAACUCCUGACGAGAUAGAUGCGGAUUACUUGCAGAGCUUAUGGGAAUCUGAAACAAGUAAUGAAGUCUGUUACAUCCCCUCAGACAGGGGCUCGGAUAGCCCUUCACUCACCCCCGAUCAGCAAAUGAGCUCCAUCCGUGCCACCUCCAACAGCAGCCCACUGGGAUGCACAGAAACGGCCCUCACUCCUGCUGACCUCUUGAGCCCACAGAGUGAUCGGCAGGAGUCCGUACCCAACAGCGAUGAGGGUUACUAUGACUCCACCACGCCAGGAAUCGAGGAGGAGAGUAGAGAACGUCCACACCAGGAAAGGCUUCCACGGGACAGCUACAGUGGUGAUGCCCUUUAUGAACUUUUUGAGCCUGACGAUCGCCUGCUCAGCCCUGCUCUUCCUCCUAAGGACGCCCACUCAUUUGUUGGUGGAGCCUUGCAGGGUGAUAAGAGUCCAACAAACCCUCUGUAUGCCCUGGCAUCGACUGCUCUAGAGACAGGAACCAUGGAGACAGAGGAGGAGCGUCUGAGCAAGAUCCAGCAUGCCCUUCUGUGCUGUGAGCUUCAGAAUCUCAGAAGCCCAUCCAAAGAUCAGCUUCUGUUCCAUGCCGACUGCUUCUACGAUGAUUCAAGCCUUCCCGCAGUUGACACCGGUAAGACAGUGUUGGGAGAAGUUAUCAAUCAGCACUAUCCUCAAUCACCACCGAGAUCCCAGGCUGUAAUAGAGCAAGUCCCUCUCAGCAGGGGUCAGAUCCAGGAGAGUUCAUUGUUUGCACCCUGUGCCAAUUCUGGGUUUAGUCUACAUGUCACCGACACAACCAGAGCACAGCCUCAAUCUGAGGAUCAAAGCCCAUUACUACCCACUAGAGGCUGCAGCCAAUCCCAAGAAGAGCUCAUGGUCUGUUUCUCCCAAGCGCUAGUAGAUUUCACAAAGAACACACGGCUUUACCACAACUCAACUGAGAGUCUUGAUGGCUCAGAGUCAAGUUCUCCUUUUGGCCCGAGUCUGAGCGCCCUGCCUGCCAUUGUCACGUUCGAUGUGGUUGACAUGGAAAAUGAGGGUGAGUGUGAGCAGCAGACCGAGCUUGUUGAGGAAGAGGAAGAGUUGGCGUCUCCUUACGAACCCUUCGAGGAUGAUGGCUGUUACCUUCAGCAAGAUGCCUUUGCAGAGUGUGACCAGCGUACUUUUGAUGCCUAUGAACAAAGUCUGUUGCUCAGUAACGCUUGGGGCAUCGCAAGCCUUCCUCGCCACCUCAGUUUGGGUCGACCUUGCCCUCCAGUCCCCGCCCCAUUAUCACUAAAUCGGCGCAGUCGCUCUCUUGACACGGACUGUCUGGAGUUUAAGACAACUGAGCUUUACACAAGUGUAACCAACUAUGACUCAAAGGGGGCUGCGUUUUCACAACAUAGGACUACUGAUUGUAGUGAUAUGGCAGUACCGCGACAAUCCUGUAGGGUUACUGUUGAUAGUUGGAGGCGGGGCUAUGGGCUGGGUUUUGACUCCAACUCUUCUCAGCAAGAACCGAAGUUGCCACAUAUGGGCCAAUCCACUGUAAGACCUUCACAUCUCCCUCUAAAGAACAACUGCCGUAAUCGUAACCUCUCAGUUGCCACUAGAGCUGAUGGUGAGGGGGAGAUUUUGUUUGGUGGAGGCGAUGCGCUUUAUCCCUGCAGUUAUCCCCCUACAGGCACGCAGUGGAAGAAUCGACCUGUUGGAGUCACCCAAGGUGUGCCCCAUCUUCGCACUGAGCAAUCCGCAGACCAUCGAGAAAUUACCAUGAAGAACAGGAGGGGGGAACUUGAGGGUGGCUUCACCCCUGCACCACCCAAAUUAUAAACAAUCUCUCCCACUUAAAAUAAAACAAUAAUACAAAUAGACAAGUCUCGUCACCAAAGACGAUGCUGGAUGUUUACUGACAGUCUUGAAUUGUAUCUCUCUCUCUCUCACACAAACACACACACACACACUGUAGUUGCUGUUACUGCCGGAUAAGCUAUGUUUUUUUUGUGAUGUACUGUGUAGUUUUUGAGCUAUUUUAGUUUCUGUGAGUUAAAGAGUAUUUGUACCUUGUGUGUUACAGCAUUACUCAGCAGGUGCUGUCUAUAUGUAGAUGCCAUAUUGCUUUGCAUUUAUGUAGCCAGGUAUUGCCAUUGAAAUUUAUACACUUUGUUUGGAUGUUUUGGAUAUGCUUUAAUUAUAUUUGCAAAAAAAAGACAACAGUGCUAUAAAUGACUUAUUUUAGCAUAAGAAUGAAACCAACAUUAGCACAUUGAAACCGAUAUCAUCUUAGAAUCCUGUUCAAGUAUCAAACUUAGUUUGAAUUUAACAAAUAAUUUUGAACACAACACUUUUUGAAUUUGAAAAUAUGCUGUAUGUUUCAAGGUUUUAAUGUUUACAUCUUGGAAGAUUUUAAACAUCUUGUUUAGCUAGUGUCAUUAUUUUCUUAUUUUAUAUGGUCAUUUUUGUUUUUGGCAUAGCAAAGACUACAUUCAUAGGACUGUUAAAUCACAUAUGCCAUAUUCAGUGGUAUUUUGGCCAACACCCCUGUUAAACUUCUGUACACUCUAUUUACUGUAGACUCAAGGAUCUGUGUGUAGAAUCUGGUUUAUUUCCUUUUUUGCUGCUAAACAGUAUGGGAUUGGUUGGGAGUACAUAAUGUACUGUAUUAACUGUAUGGAUAUUUGCAUAUUUGAGUAUUCUCUGCAUACAUGCGAAUCAGAUCUGGCCUAAAGUCUUUAGUAAAUAUGAUCUAUGUAGUUGUUAAUCAAAGGGUACUAUCUUGAGUCAUUUGAGACAGAAUGUCAGUAAAGCCUUUAAUGACGUUAUGUGAUUGUUCUCUGCUGUUUUACUAGUCACAAUCAUCUACCCUCAUCAGAAUGCCAAAGUCAGGCUUAAUGCACUUAGCCAGUACUUAUAUUCAGCUUUUAAGAAUGAACCAACCGUUGUGUAUCCCCACAGAAGAAUAUAGUGCUGUUCUGUAAUGAUCCGUACACUGACCUAUAACGCCUUGUUCUUUUUUGCAUUUGGUACAUUUGUGAUGGAAAAUGAAUGUCCAUACCCCGAUUUUUUUUUUUUUUUUUUUAACUCACAUUAGAAAAAAACAGAAAACCAAAAGCAUUUUUUGUAUGUUUUGUUUUUUAAUACACAAGGAUGUACAUACAGACAAAGAAUGUUAGAAAAUCUCAGUAAAACUUCAUUCAUUAGCCUCAGUGUUGUCAUUUUCAAACCGGUUUAAAAACAUAUCAACGCCAUCGUACCCUUGACACAAUCUCUUUCCACAGGAAUAGAUAUUGAUUGGAAAUAAACCCUUGAGACAUCAGUAUUGCAAGUUUGUGGAAUGUUUUUAGUACUGUCCGAAGUGCUGGAGUUUGCUACGGCAGUUAUUUUGUGAGUAGUGCAGCCUUUGACCUUUUUGCGUGCAGUAAAGAAUCAAAGAUUUUCGCGCUCUUUGAACAUGCUUAAAAAAAGUAUUUUUAAAAUGCUUUGCAUCAUUGCACAUUUUCAGGAGCGUUAAUAUAGUAUUAAUAUUAUUAGAAGAAAAUGGAUACAAUCUCACAUUGGAAGCAGAAUUAAGCCCAAAAAUGCAGCUUUGUGCUUAAAAAUGGUUAUGUGACAGCAUAACAUUUUUUAACUUUGUUUGACCUCUCAAGACUGCAAUUUAUGUUUUAAUGACAAAAAUGAGGAAUAUAAAGUUAUGACCUAUACCAAACAGUAGGUGUAUGUGACCAAUCGCAGUUCUUUCUCAUGCACUAAAGUGCACCGUAAUUCUGUUUGUUUGAAAGCAGUUGCUUAGAGAAACAGAAACUGGGCCAAUGCAUCACAGAUGUGGUACUUAGGUGAAACAGCACUGGUCGGUGCCUUCUUAUUUCUAAAGCUAUGAGGCAUUUGCCUGAUUAGCAGUGCAGAUGCUUUAUUUGAUUGACAGGUGGUCUCCGUUUUAAAGUCAAGGAGGCUCCAGUUGUCAUGGAAACUGUUUGAAGCUGUCGUGCACAUCUUACUGUUAUGAGCUGGGGAGAAAAGAAUAAAUGUAGGCAAUUCGUGACUGACAACAAAUGAUGUGUCAAAUUGUCUUUCCCCGCCUACCAGCUUUUCCCUUUUUUCUAUGCAUGUCAGUAUAUGUAUUAUAAAUAUAAGAAUGAAUCAGCGAUCACUUGAGCAUCACAUCAGGUUUUGGCUCCCUCUAAUGGUGAAAUUGUGUCUAACCACAAUGUAUCAAACCUUAGAAACAUUUUGUGCGGAUGUCAUAACAUUUUUUUCCCCGUUUUAUAUUAAUUAAUAUAUAGGCAUAAUUAAUAUUUGUCAAUUUGUAGGCCAUAGUAUGACUGUUUAAUCUAAAUUUAGUGUCACGUAACUCACUAAAUUAACUCAGUACUGCAAAUUAGCCAGAUUUACGCAUUUCGCUACAUUUAUUUAGCAUUUGCCUUGACCUAAAACGACCUUAAUAUUAAAAAAAAAAAAAAAAAAAAA